AUGACAACAUCUGGGCCCAGGGCCUGCUUUAUUCUCCUCUUCUUGCAUGUCAUCAUUUUUCUCUCACUGCUGUUCUACAGCAGCUUCUUGAUCCACCGCGAGCUGCAGAGUCACCCCAGCGGUGCUCAUGGAGACAUCAGGAUCCUGGUGUGGCACUGGCCGUUUGGCCGCUCCUACAGUCUGGACGGGAACAAAUGCCUCAAGAUGUAUAACAUCAGCCGCUGUUUACUCACUGAUGACAGAGCUGACUUCUCUGCUGCCGACGUGGUUGUGUUCCACCACUAUGAGCUGAGCAGAGGUCUUUCGUCUCUGCCCCUACACCUGGAUCGACCUACGUCUCAGCACUGGGUGUGGAUGUCCUUGGAACCUCCUGUCAAUAAUGUGAACCUCAUACAUUUCAACGGCCUCUUUAACUGGACGAUGAGCUACAGGCGUGAUGCAGACAUAUCCAUUCCUUAUGGGCAAACAAUGCAGGGAGGUGAUAAUCUAAGUUUUCCAGCUGCUCCAAAUCGCUCCUGCUUUGCCAGCUGGGUGGUCAGCAAAUACAAGCCUCAACAGACUCGGGCUGCUUUUUAUCAAAGACUAAAGAAGCAUAUCCCCAUAGAGGUGUAUGGCAGGUGGAACAAGAAACCCUUGCCAGACAAAAAGCUUUUGCCCACCAUUUCAAACUGUCUGUUCUACCUUUCUUUUGAGAACUCUGAGAAAAAAGACUACAUCAGUGAGAAACUCUGGAGGAACGCUUUUCAAGCAGGAGCUGUACCAGUGGUUCUCGGCCCCAACAAGGCCACCUACGAAGCCAUGGCCCCCCCACAUUCCUUUAUCCAUGUAGCUGAUUUCAAUAGCCCAGCUGAUCUGGCAACGUAUCUGAAGGUUUUGUCUGCAGACAGGCAGAUCUAUGAGAAAUACUUGGAGUGGCACAACACCUACCGAAUUAAAACCUACAGUGACUGGAGAGAAAGGCUGUGUCAGAUCUGUGUCAGGUAUCCCAGUUUACCAGCCAGGAAAGUCUACCACGACCUGGACAGCUGGGUGAACAGCUAG